AUGCAGACGCGCCGCCGCGCGGUCGCGGCGGGCGCGUCCGCAGCGCCGCCGCUGCCGCAAGAGCUGCAGUCCCUCGUCCUGUCCGCGCUCCUGCGCGCCCUCGAGGCGCCCGACGAGGCCGAGUAUGCUCUCUACCCCCACCGCUCCUCGUUCACGUGGCUCUCCUCCUCGCUGCGCCGCGUGUGCACCGCCUGGCGCGCCGCCGCCGACGCGCACCCGUCGUACGCGCGCCGCGCGCGCCUCGACCGCCUGCAGUCCCUGGUGCUCGCGAACGACGGGGCCCACCUGCUGAGCGGCGCGCGGGCGCCCGCGCAGCGCCGCGCGCGCGCCGCGUGUGCGCGGCGGCUCGCGGCGCGCGUAGAGCUCGCCCUUCCCGCAGCAGACGCCACCACCUCCGGCGCCGGGAGCGGCGCCGGCGCGGCGGCACCCUGGAAGACGGUCCCUGCGUCCGUCGUCCGCCGCAUGACACCUGGCGAGCUCCGCGGUCUGCCCCACUCCGCGCUGCUGCUGGCGGUGCCCGCCGGUGAGCUGGCGUGCCCGGCGGCGCUGGCGGCGCUGUUGCGGGAUGUGGCGCUCCUCGACGCGCGGUGCGGCGCGCCGCUCGUCAUCAAGCUCACGGGCGGCGCGGCGGCCGCGGCAGCAGCAGGGUCCGCGGCGGCCGCGGCGACAGUGGCAGACGCAGCAGCCGGAGCAGCGGGAGUUGCAGCGACGGCUGCGGAUGCAGCGGCGGCAGGGGGAGUCGCAGCAGCAGGGCCAGCAGCAUCGGCAGCGGCAGCAGCAGAAGGAAUUCCAGCGGCAGGAGCAGGGGCAGCAGCAGUAGUAGCAGCGGGAGGCGGCGCAGGCGGCGGCAGCAGCGGCGUCGGCGCGGCGGGCGCCGGCGCGCCCCGGACCCCACUUCCAGCGGCGGCGGGCCUCUCUUUGGAGGCGGCGGCGGAGGUGUACCGCUCCCUGCCGGCGGUGGCUGCGGCGGUCAAUAUGGAGGGGGCGCCCGCGGGCGGCGCGCUGUACUUCGUUCCAACAAAGCAUGGCUUCCGGCGGAGCCGGCCGCCCGGCGCGGCCGCCGCGGCGCGCUGA